AUAACAAAUGUUUCACUGAUAUAGGCAGAUUUUGAGCAGAAGGGGAUUGAAUACUUCAGCUGCGUUCACACGAUCAUCUUGAAUUUGAAUCAAGGGGACUACAGGCCUGUUUGAAUUGAUCAUGGACAGUGAAGAAAUCCCAACUUUUUCAAGUCCAAAGGAGGAAACUGCUUACUGGAAAGAGCUUUCCUUUAAGUACAAACAAAGUUUCCAGGAGGCACGGGAAGAGCUGGCUGAAUUCCAGGAGGGAAGCAGAGAAUUGGAAGCAGAAUUGGAGGCCCAGCUAGUGCAGGCUGAACAGAGGAAUAGAGACUUGCAGGCAGAUAACCAAAGACUGAAAUACGAAGUAGAAACAUUAAAGGAGAAACUUGAACACCAAUAUGCACAAAGUUACAAGCAAGUGUCAUUAUUGGAAGAUGACCUGAGUCAAACACGAGCCAUUAAAGACCAACUGCACAAAUACGUAAGGGAACUGGAACAGGCCAAUGAUGACCUAGAGCGUGCAAAGAGGGCAACAAUAGUUUCACUGGAAGACUUUGAACAAAGACUGAACCAGGCUAUUGAAAGAAAUGCGUUUUUAGAAAGUGAGCUGGAUGACAAGGAAUCAUUGCUAGUUUCUGUACAGAGGUUAAAGGACGAAGCAAGAGACUUACGACAAGAGUUAGCAGUACGGGAAAGGCAGCAGGAAGUUACUAGGAAGUCUGCUCCUAGUUCUCCAACUCUAGACUGUGAAAAGAUGGAUUCAGCUGUCCAGGCAUCUCUGUCUCUGCCAGCCACGCCUGUUGGAAAAGGAUCAGAAAAUAGCUUUCCUUCCCCAAAAGCUAUACCGAAUGGGUUUGGUACCAGUCCCCUAACUCCUUCUGCUAGAAUAUCUGCACUCAACAUUGUUGGGGAUUUGCUGCGGAAAGUCGGGGCUUUAGAAUCCAAAUUGGCUGCUUGUAGAAAUUUUGCAAAGGACCAGGCAUCACGGAAAUCAUACAUUUCGGGGAAUGUUAAUAACAGCAUGGUGAGCAGCAACAGCACAAAAUACUCUCACCCAGGGCAUACGUCUUUUUUUGACAAAGGGGCAGUAAAUGGUUUUGACCAAGGCCCGCCGCCAGGCAUCGGAUCCUCCAGACCAUCUUCAGCUCCAGGAAUGCUCCCUCUGAGUGUAUGAACAGCCAGGAGGUUGGGUUUGGACUUUGAAUCAUUUUCUCAGACAAACAAGAACUGCUUCUAAUUCCUUCCUGUUACUGCCCCUUGCCGUGCAGAAUGGCCCUGCUGCCUGCCUGCUGCCCAGAGGAGACCCCAGCACACACAGCCCUUCACUCAACUGUAAAAGAGUUUAUUUUCUCCUCUUCCCGUAGUGAACAUUCUCUAACAUGGUCACAUCUAUUCUGUCUCACAUAAGCUGAUAAGUGUAUUAUUCUGUUUCACUGGUCACAGGAGUCUCACUGCUUAGAACUUGACAAGUCAGUCCUAAACCCUUGGUAACUUUUCUAUCUUAGGUUUAAUAGAGCACACACUCUGACUGACUCUACUUACAAAUCCUGCCCCCACCAGCAACCUGGCUUUUAAGACGCACGCAGACAGGGUGCUAUCAGGAAUUAUUUUAAAGGGAUGUUUGGUAAGGAUUAGACAUUAAUCCUAUUGGACAGUUGCAUCUUGGAUUAAUACUCCUUGCCUCAAAUAAGUUUAAUCUUCCUUGUUAAUGAAACUUUUAUGCAUCAAAGGAGUCUUGAUUUGAGACCUAAACAAGUCACCAAUUUGAUUGGUAUAGCCCCUCAAAAGCAUUCAAACUGUUCAAGUCUGUGUAAUAUAUAAAGACUAGAUUUUAUAGUGUCACCUAUGGGCUUUUGUGACAGUUUUGGACCAUUAUGUACCUUGUGGGUCUUUAAAGCAAUGUAUUUGUGCAAUUUCUCUGUCUUUAUAUGUGCCUCAAAGUCGGUGGAUUUUAAAAUGAACAAGGAAGCCCGACAGUGGUUUGGUCUGUGAGUUUAAAAAUAUUCCUGUCCAAUCUAUUCCAUCACAUCCAUUUAGCUUUGCAGAUUCAAUUUCUAGGAGCUCUGUGGCUCAUUUACGAAUGCUGACUAAGAAAGACUCUUGCCCACGAGGAAGAGAGGGCAGUGCGGAUUCACCACGUCCCAUCAGGGUUUUGUACAUCCCUUUUUCCUGUGCAUCCUUUGCUGCAUUUGACUGUUUACAUUUGUUUUAUUGUAUAUAGGUUUGUAAACAUAAUAUCUUUGCCUAAGAUAUUUGUAUAUAACUUGGGCUUUGUAGCUUUAUUUAUUCAGAAUCUCUAUGGCAUGUUUAAAUAAGAUGGCAUACCAUUAAUACAGCGGCACCAAGAUCAUGUGGUCUAAAAAGAGAGAGAGAAAUCUUUCAAAAAUAAAGUUCUUUUAAUGUGGAACCAGUGGCUUUUUCAGAAAAGUAAGUUGAGAUCAUGUUCCAUGUUUUUACCUCUGAUGGAUCCUUUCCUGAAAAGCAGCCAGUUUGCUGAGCUGGUCUCGGAGACAACAAACAAUUUCAGGCUUCAUGUGAGAUUGAAGCAGAUUCACUCACUUUCAUGGGGGUGUUCAUAACUACAGAGGCCCUUGGAAGAGUCUGCAGCCUACAGCAGCAGCUGGGGUAAAAUACAGAGUAACCUUUUCCCUGGUCUGCCAAAUGCCGUUAUGUUUUCUGUCUUCCCUUGCCAUUAGAGAACUUUACCUCACCUUUCCAUCUCCAGAAUAGGACAAGGUGGGUUUAUAUUGUCAGAUGUGGUCCCAGAAUAAAGAAAGUGUGCGCGCCUAUCUUUUCAAGAGAAUCACUUUAUUGGAAAAGCUAAACAAAAAUUUAACAAGCAUUUGGAUCAGGCAGGGGUGGGGGCUCAUACCUGGGAGGAGAGAGAGAGGCUAGACCCCCCCCUUUGAGCUCUUGCUGGAUUCUUCAGAUCCUGAAUGCCUCAACCUCCUGUUGGAUAUAAUCAUUGAUGAUGACAUGCAUCUGCCUGCACUUUGAUUUGGUAUAUGUUAAUGAAGGGGCUGGCCAUAAAGACCUCCACAACUAAACGCAGAGGUCUGUGAUAAGGAAUUUCAACUGUAUCGCUUCUGGGCAUCUGCAUAUCAGGUCUUGUUUCUCCAUUCACUGUUUGACAUUGUUUAACCGUGAUAGUUUUCAGGUUUUCACUCAGGUUUCAACUCAAACCAUUGCCGUAACAUACCAACCGCUGAAACUUCCUUAGCCUGACGAAGGGUUUUUGAACCCAAAAGCUUGCUUAAUAACUAUUCUCCAGCUAUUUGGGUUGGUCUAAUAAAAGAUUCACCCAAGGAACCUUGUCUGCCUAUGCCCUAAGGAAUAGCACUUAGUGUUAAGUCAGCAGUGCUCAACAUUUUGGCCUUGCAGGCUGGAUGAGUGACAUGGAGCUUGGACAUACCACAUGGGGUCAGUGUGGGUAUAGUCUGUAGGUUCAUGUGCUGGAUCCAGCUAAAGAGACACUGCAGGCUGGCACAGUCUGGCACAUGGGGCUGGAAACAGUAGCUGCAUUAAUAACUGGCUUUAGCAGCCAAGACAAAGUUGCUACCACACUUCUGGACCUGUAGGGAGUCCCACGUGCUUGCUAACAUGGCCCUGGAGGCUGGAUUCAGCCAGAGGUUGAGCAUUACUAGUUUAAAUUAUUUCAUGUGUUGCAUAGUCUCUUAGUUGUUGCAGAGCAGCUCCUGGAUGCAGUGCCAUUUACCUGCCCACAUAUGAAUUUCAAUUGAAUUUCAAAUGAUGAAGAGAGUAUCUACUAAAACUGCAAUAUGUAAUCAUGGGUUAACCAUGUUAAAGCCCCAAGAGGUUUAGGACAGACCCUUUAUGUACAGAGGUCAACAUAAAAUCAAACCAGUAAGGAGGGAAUAGGCGGCUUCCAGUCAUAUUCUUGUUUAUUAAAUUUUAUGUCAGCAUCAAGAGAUAGGUUUUCCUGUAAGUAAACAGAGCAGGCAUCCAGAUCUAUAAUGAAUAAAUUUAUUGUCUUACAAAAAUCAUUGUCUAGAAAUAUGGGUAUACAAGAAAACAGGAUAUUUGCAGUCAGAUGCUUGGUGGUCAACAGCCAGUUUGAUUAAAAAUAUCCAAACACGCACAACAAAACCUUUGUAACAGAUGUUAAAGCUUUUAACCAAAAAGAAAUUAUUAUUUUGAGCAUGUGGCAGAGGAACGAAAUUUCAUAGUUAACACUGAUUCAUUGUCACCAAAUAUCAAUAAUACCACUUUGACUAGAGGUACAUGAUAUGAAGCACAGUCAAAAAUUAAUACAUUAAGUCAUUGUUAUAUAGGCAAAUUAUAUAUGUAACAUUGUCUUAGUACUGUAGUGUCUAAGGCACUUUAAUGACAAUUUUGCAGCUAUUUAAACAAAAAAAAAAAAGAAAAA